AUGAUGUUGGUUGCUUUUACUAGUCAGAACCACCGUGAUUGGGAUAUUCGCCUGGCUGAACUAGCGUUUGCUACAUGGACAACAGUAAACAGAUCUACAGGUUUCACCUCGGCGUUCCUGAACUUGGGACGACAGGCACCUUUUCCAGUGGAGAAUGCUCGACGCCUCCGGGAUGGCUGUACACGGCCUCCCUAUUCAAGGUUUGCUGAGGACCUCCGGAGUCGUCUGAACGAUGCAGCUUGGGCGGCUCGGGAGAACCUGGACGUCACACAGUUGGACCAGGCUCGCCAGUACAACCGAGGACGACGGAAUCUCACCUACAGCGUCGGUGACCUCGUCCUUCCAUGGAUUCACCCGCUAAGUGAUGCUGCACGCGGCUUUCCUGCCUCACUCGCAGAUAGGUGGGAUGGCCCCCACGAGGUAAGUGCGUGCUCCUCCGGCCUCACUUACAGGCUUCGUCGCUGUGACGCGGGCGAAGAAACUGGGCCAGUGCACAUCUCGGACCUGAAACCUUACCACCUCCGAGACCCCGAGAGCGGAGACUCUGACCUUCACACCUGA